AAAAUGUAGCCGUUAGAACGCUCGCGGAUGGAUACGUGAAGACCGAUAGCAAAGCGAUAUAGCGCGGUUCUCAAAUAAGGCGAAAACGUGGUUUUAAUGUAGCAAACGCUUUAAAAUAAACCGGUGAAUAAAUUCAGUGUUAACGUAUGCGCUAAUAGUUUGAAAAGAAGCCACUUAGCGACUCUACAGGUCGAGGACUCGUCUAGACAGAAGGGUGGGAGUGAGUAACAUACGCAACAACAACCGGUACACCUUCCGUCUUCCUCCACAGCGGUCUCCAUUUUAACUCCUCGCCCAGCCUGCACCUCACGUGUCCUGGACUGUCUUUCUCACAUGACCCGUGUGUUUGUCCCCGUGAUCAGCGCUUCCAUCUCCCGUAUUUCAAGUGUCGCUGAAUAUCGCAUUUUUAAAUCCGUUCGCCUUCAUGGAUAUGCUCGAACAGAGCUUGGACACCUCGACGAGCCACGACAAACAGGAAACUGAGGAGGUUGUUCAUCUGCAGGAGGGAGAGGGGGUGGGGGCGGAGGAGCAGGCAGCGGUUACCAUAGCAAGUGUCCAGCAAGCAGCAGCUUUUGCAGACCACAAUGUUCAAUACCAGUUCCGGACCGAGAACUCUGGUGGACAGGUGACGUAUCGCGUGGUCCAGGUAACAGAGGACCAUUUGGACGCAGCAGGAGAUGGAGGAGCGGCAGUCAGUGUAGUGUCCACAGCCUUUGCCGGAGCACAGCAAGCAGUAGCACAGGCUGUCAUCCAGAACCCUUUCAGUAAUGGAGGCAGUCCAGCAGGGGAAACAGUCGGGGGGGAGACACGCUUCGCCUACUUCCCAGCAGCAACUGUCAGUGACGGUACAGCUGUCUCAGUGCAGGCCACGUCUGAUCCGACCCUCACACAGGCCGGAGGUCAGUUUUACGUGAUGAUGAGUCCACCAGAUGUUUUACAGACUGGAACACCACGGACCAUCGCCCCUCGUACACACACAUACUCUACAGACCUUGGUGAACAUGAGACUCUUCAACACAGCAAUUCAGACUGGAAGAUUGAUGGCCCCCGGGCGCCUCGUGAUGAGCGAAGGAGAGCACAGCACAAUGAAGUGGAAAGGAGAAGAAGAGACAAAAUCAACAACUGGAUUGUCACGCUGUCUAAAAUCAUCCCAGACUGCAAUAUAGACAAUACCAAAACAGGAGCAAGUAAAGGAGGCAUCCUGUCUAAAGCGUGCGACUACAUUAGAGAACUCCGACAGACUAACCAGAGGUUUCAGGAGAGCUACAAGGAGGUGGAGAGAAUACAAGUGGACAAUGAGCUACUAAGACAACAGAUUGAAGACCUGAAGAACGACAAUGCACUUCUCAGAGCUCAACUACAACAGCAUGGCCUGGAAAUCAGCGAAACUACAUCACAGUGACAAAAAAAAAAAACCUUCUCAUAAAUAAACAGUCUCAAGUGGAGAAAUAACCCUCAAUGACACACUUGUUCACAACUCAUCAUAGACUUAAGAUGUGCUGCAACUCAAGUAGGGUGUGAAUGCUUAUUUGAUACACAGACACAUCCUUCUGACAAGAGACAUUCUGACUAUUGUGAAAAUAAUAUCUGCUGUACAAGCACGUUUUGUUUUCUCCCUCACUUUCACGAGAACUCAACAACCUGGAUUCGGUCUAAAUGGAAUAACCCUCUUCUUCCAGAAGUAUCCCGCUUGCCAUAAGUCUUUGUCUUUAGUUUAAAUCUCUGAUUUGUGAUCCAGUUGUAUGCCUGCUCAUGCCUCAUGUUCAUGUUUUGUUUUGUUUGAAACACCUUGUGGGUUUUAUUUUUGCUACAUCGGGCAAAUAGUACUACUAUAACAUGACAGAUUUUUUUUUCUCUCUCUUUUUUUUUUUAAGGGUUCUGCGGUAUUGUAUUUAUUAGCUUUCAAGAAAUUGCGUAGCAGCAGGUAUACAAAACCUUUGCUAAUGUUUUUAAUUUGAUUGUUUUUCUGUCCAGCAGUCUUUCCAUAUAUCAGACUUUGUGAAAUGCAUUUAUCUGGCUGAUCAGAGACUUGACAUUGUGGCACAUCAAGAGUAAUUUACAGUAUAAAUUUGCUUAGAAAAGAAACAAAAGUGCAUAGAGUAUGUUUUCAUAUAAAAUAGAGACUUAUGAUAUCUAAAACUGCAUUACCUAUAAAUUUCAUUUUUCAGAGUCCAUUAUAUUUAAUGCACUGUGAUUUUAGUGAAGGAUGAACAAGUAGCUCAGGGUUUUGAGGUGCAGGAAAAUAGCCAAGGCUCUGGAACUCCCCACUAACCUUGUUAACCCUGCAUAUUUUUGCCCUUUGGCUUUAACAUACUAGAAACAUGUACUGUAUAUAUCAUGUAUUUGAACCAGUUGUUGAAUUCCCAGGCAAAUAAAAUGGAAGAUGCACAAUAGAAACAAAUAGAAUUGCUACUGCUAGUAGUGUUCUGGCUUAUUUUGUUGAAGCUCAUCUUCCAUCUUAUUUUAUAACCGUCCUAAUUUGGGUUAAGACAUUGAUCAACAAAGUUUUGAACAAUAAAAUCAGAGAUGAGCUUUAAAAAUGAUCAAACACCAUUCAAUUGUAAGAGUUUGAGCAUUAAUAUCUGACAGCAGUGGGAGUUAUAGUUAACAAGCUAUGCAUAAGGAAACCAAACAGUUUAAAAGCAAACAGAUUUGUUUUCUUAAACCUUCUUGAUAGUUUUAGUGUUUGCCAUUUUAUUUCCUAGGUUUUAAUGCCAGUAGUUGGUGUGGCAGCAUAUUUUAACUUUGACAGGAACGAAAAUGACGCUGGGAUGAUAGUAAAGUGUGUUAAUGGAUUGUUCUGUUGUUUAACAACAUACCAGUUAUUCAACUGACAAACAUCUUUCUGUAAAAAAACUAACCAAAAAUCUCUAAAGCAACUCUAAAGUUGUGAAUAUUGUGAACUAGGACCUUUAUACAGUGCCAUUAUAAAGACUAAGACUGUCCCUCAUAGCAUUGUUUUUUUUUUUGUUGUUAAAUUCAAUAUGGGGUCUUGCUUGAUAAGGGACACUUCAGGACUGUUUUUCUCUUCCUCGUCAGAUGGGUUUAUUGCAACCCUUGUAAAAUAUAACGUCGGUUACAAAAAUACUACUUUUGGCGGACACCUUUUACUAGUACCCAUUAAUUUAUCUCUGACAAGAAACAAGAAAAAAAAGUAUCAGGUUUUAAACAGCCUUAAGUUAAACCUCAAGCAAUCAGUGCUCGUAGCAAACCAAGUACUGAACCAGUAAAACAUAAAUAAAUGUUUCAAAAACCCUCUGUCCUCUUCACAGUUUUAAUGCUUUACUUGAAUGACUGUUGAUUGACAGAGUCAGAAACUAUAUUCUAAUGCACUGCUGCUUCUAAAUCAAAUCUUAGAAUAUUUUUAUUCAUGUUUGGUUGAAUUGAGGAACCCUUUGCAUGGCAUUCUUACCACUGGUUUGUAUGGUUAUAAGCUAUACAAGGCAGUUGCUUUGUUUUUACCUGAUGAAUGUUCAUGUUUAUGUAUAUACUUAUAUAUAAAAGAGAAACCUAAAGUCACAAUGUAGGGUUUUUUUUUCUUUAAUAAAUUUUAAGGGGUCAUAUGA